AUGGUUCAAAUUUGGCUGAAACUUUUGCUUGUAAUAGCGAUCUUUUGCUAUGUGAAUCAUGCCAUUGACAUUCGAUACCAUACUUAUACAGAAAUGACAGUCAAAUUGAAGAAUUUGUCGUCAACAUAUCCCACGAAAGCAUCUUUAGUUGAGAUCGGCAAAUCUCAAGGUGGAAAAUCUCUUUGGGCUAUGGCACUGAGCGCGUACUCAGCUAAUGAACAUGUUUUGCUGCGACCAGAAGUGAAAUAUAUUGGAAAUAUGCACGGAAAUGAAGUUGUUGGUUUGGAAGUCUUACUCUAUUUGAUUGAGUAUCUGCUAACAUCAAAUGAUACGCAGGUUCAAAAAUUGAUGAAUAGUACAAGAAUCUGGAUCAUACCAUCUAUGAAUCCUGAUGGAUUAGAAAUAUCUCAAUAUGGUGAUUGUACAUCGACUAAUGGAAGAUAUACUUUAAAUAACAUUGACUUGAACCGAAAUUUUCCCGAUUAUUAUGGUGCAAAAUUGGACUCGUCAAUUCAAGCUCAGGAAACUAGCGCAAUGAUAUCGUUGCUAGCGAAUGUCCCAUUUGUACUCUCAGCAAAUUAUCACGGCGGAGCAUUUGUUAUUAACACACCGUACGAUCGAUAUUACGUUGGACGUCUAUCGACAAGUGAUGACGACGAUAUUUACCAAAUGAUUGGACAUGCUUAUGUUAAUCGAACAGUUCUUACAAGUGAAGGUUGUAUAGGCGAUUUUACAAAUACGGGUGACGUUACACGUGGUGCUGAUUGGUAUGAAAUUGUGGGCGGUAUGCAAGAUUAUGGAUAUUGGAAUUAUGGUACUAUUGAGUUAACAAUGGAAAUUUCAUGUUGUAAAUAUCCAGCAAGCGAUACUCUUACGAAUUACUGGAAUUAUAAUCGGGAUGCUAUGAUUGAAUUGUUAUUACAAGCUCAAAGAGGAGUCAAAGGUUUGAUUCUCAAUGAAUACUUUGAUCCAAUACCAUCUACUCAAGUGAUGAUCAACAAUCGAAAACCUGUGGUUCAAGUAACAAAUUUAGGCGAAUUUUGGAGAGUGCUAUUACCCGGUACUUAUAUUUUAAAAGUUCUUUAUCGAAAUAAUUUGAUUUACAAUCAGACAAUCACUAUUUCCGAAACAUCAUUACCAUUAAAUCUGACAAUCAUUAUUCCAUCGUCUGCUUACUCGGUUUACAAUGCUACAUCAACUCAGUCGGUGGCAACAGCAUUAUCUCCAUUUCAUACAGUCUUUUCACACAACGCAUCGAUACUGUUGUUCUCACUCAUUGUUUCUCUGCUUAUAAGAUCAAUAAAAUAA